CAUAACAUACCCAUUGGUUUAGUUUCGAUAAACCUGGUUCAAAUAUUAAGCCAAUUUUUCGAUGGCGUAGUACGCUGAAAUGGCGAAGCUGUUAAUAAUUUUUCUCUAUUGUAUUUGUGCGAAUGGAGAACAGUUUAAUUUGCAAGGAGAUGCCGGCCUUGCCUAUUCUGUUGAGGUAAUCAUGGGACAUCCACAUCAAAAGAUAAACCUUUUAAUUGAUACUGGUAGCACAACAUUAGCUGUUGCUUCAUAUUCAAGACAAGAUAGUGAUAAAUACUUUGAUGCAAACAAUUCUAGCAGCAUUUAUGACAGUGGGAAAAAGGUGCAGGCAACAUACUUUGAAGGCAAAUGGAUUGGUCGUUUAGUCUCAGAUUAUAUACAGCUCCCAUCUAUGCCAUUGGUGCCAGAAGUCAGGACUGAUAUGGCACUUAUUAUGGAAAGCCACAAUUUUUUUAUGAAUGGCUCACAAUGGCAGGGUCUCCUAGGACUAGCAUAUCUACCAGUUGGAGCAAGGGGAGCAGAUGUGAUUGUGGAAUCAUGGUUAGAUUCCCUUGACCGUACAUUGACUAGACCUGUAUCAUUUCAACUCAAACUUUGUGCUACAUUAAGUACACAAAAUGCGACGCACUAUGGAAACUUUCAGAUACUAGAUGGCAAACAAAAAAAUGAAAAUUUAAACAAAUCAUAUCGAACAACUAUAAUACAAAAAAGGUGGUAUGAAGUUGGUGUUUUAUCUGUGAGGGUUAUGAGACAUGUAAAUAAAUCAAGCAAUCCUCCAGACAUAGAUGAACAUAUGUGUCAAACGCUUAAUAAAAUAAAGGCUAUAGUUGAUAGCGGAACAACAAAUAUAAGGUUACCUAAUUGUUAUUUUAGGCAGAUUGUUGAUGAUUUGAGAAGCGCAGCACAGACUUCUAAUAUGUUAAUUACGGAUGACUUUUGGUAUGCAGGAGAGACUGGAUGUUGGCCAGAGCCUCAAGACUGGUCACUACCCUGGGUAGCGGUAGACCUACUUAGCUACGAAGCAGAUAACCAGUACUUUACGUUAAUGCUGUCGCCGCAGAAUUAUAUGAGAGUCGUGGCAGCACAGAACAGCAGCGGUGAAAGUGGGACCGUAUCAGAAUACUGUUACAAAUUGGGUUUUGAAAAAGGCGGAGAUGAAACUGUACUCGGCUAUACAGCCAUGGAAGGAUUUCAGGUAUUAUUUAACAGAUCAGCCGGUUGGAUCGGCUGGCAGACCUCGGACUGUGGUCCAAACACUAAAAUAAUGGGACCGUUUGUCGUUUCCAGUUCUCUUAAAUCAAAAUGCAAACUCAUUAAGUCCGCACCUGACUCUACGAUCUCGAUAAAAGCAGCUCAGUGGGCCUUAACCGCCAUAUCUGUUAUAGCGGCUAGUAUAUUACUGUACUUACUGUAUCCAUGCUUAAAAACAUUACUGACGAGACGGCUUAGAUCUCCUUCACAGAUUUCUAUGUCACAAGCAGCCUUAGUUGAGCAAGAAUCUACGUGAUUGACGUAAUGUAUUAAUAGAUGGCGUUGUCUAUUGAUUAGCUUAAUAGUCUUCAUAUUGCAACUUCAGAAUUGAAGUAGCUUAACUAAAAACUUGAAGACAACAUGUAUGCUAUAAGUUUAUAAAAUUAAAUUUUAGGCUAGAAAAGGACAAACUACACUUUCCGUCUCUUUUAAGCCAAGCGCUUAAUCUUUAAGCACCCUAAACAUCUUAAACUUUAAACCAUGGUAUAUGGUUUAAGGCUUAAAGUAUUAAAAUCGAAACUGAAAAAUUACA